CGCGCUUUCACUGCGCAAAAGCGCACAGAAAUGUUAUCUGCUUGAAUCAAGAUAGCAUUCUCUUGAUUCUUUUCUUAUCAAAGCUUUUUUUUUCGAGACAAAAUGUCAAAAUUUUACUCUCUUAGCAUGUCUUUAGUAUUUACGAAGUUUAUCAGAAUCCUCUUUUGACAUAAGAGGACUCUGCGUCUCCAUGCGCCUUUCCUUACAACUCACCGUUCCUAACAUUUAACGCCAUUUAAAUGUUUUGAGAGGAUGUGGACGCUACCGAGGACCCGGUUCGCUCACUGUAACGGCUCGUCGAGCAGCGACGAGAAAGAAAUCGCCGUGAACAUCGGCGGCGUGCGGCUGGUGCUGUGCGGAGACAUUCUGAACCGCUAUCCGGACAGCAGGCUCGCCGAACUAGUGAACUGCUCAACUCGGAGUUUUGAUGUCAUUUCCUCGCUCUGCGAUGAUUAUGACCCUGGAAAACGAGAAUUCUACUUCGACAGAGACCCCGACUCGUUUAAAUGCAUCGUGGAAGUGUACUACUUUGGAGAGAUCCAUAUGAAGCGCGGUAUCUGCCCUAUUUGUUUUAUCAAAGAGAUGGAGUUUUGGAAGAUCGACUUGAGCUAUUUGGACGAAUGUUGCAAGAGUGACUUGAAUGAGAAGGAGGAAGAGUUGGCAGAGAUUGCAGACAAGGUGAAACUGAUCCUGGAUGAUCUGAACUGUGACCCUAACGUGAGCCGCACUGAAAGGUGGCAGAAGUUCCUCUGGAAGCUCAUGGAGAAACCAGAGUCCUCGCUCCCCGCACGCGUAAUUGCAGUCGUGUCCUUCCUUUUCAUCCUAGUGUCAUCUCUGGUGAUGUGUCUCGGGACCAUACCGGACCUCCAGGUGGAGGAUUCCGAGGGGAACCGCGUUGAGCACCCGACCCUGGAUGCUAUCGAGACGGCGUGCAUCGGCUGGUUCACUGUAGAAUACGUGCUGCGCCUCUCAUCAUCCCCAAACAAGGUGCGCUUCGCGCUCUCUUUCAUGAACAUGAUAGACUUCUUGGCCAUCCUGCCAUUCUACGUGGUGCUGGUUCUCACGUACCUCGGCACGGCCAUGAUGGAGCUGGUUAACGUGCAGCAGGCGGUGCAGGCGCUCCGCAUCAUGCGCAUUGCGCGCAUCUUCAAGCUAGCGCGACAUUCUUCUGGCCUGCAGACGCUCACGUACGCGCUCAAGCGGAGCUUCAAGGAGCUGGGGCUGCUCCUCAUGUACAUGGGAGUGGGCAUCUUUGUGUUCUCCGCGCUCGGGUACACCAUGGAGCAGAGCCACCCGGAGACGCUGUUCAGAAGCAUCCCCCAGUCCUUCUGGUGGGCCAUCAUCACCAUGACCACCGUCGGCUAUGGGGACAUUUACCCAAAAACCACCCUAGGCCGGUGCAACGCGGCCAUCAGCUUCCUGUGCGGGGUGAUCGCCAUAGCGCUGCCCAUCCACCCCAUCAUCAACAAUUUCGUAAUCUAUUACAACAAGCAGAAGGUGCUAGAAACCGCCGCCAAGCACGAGCUGGAACUCAUGGAGCUGCGCGCGCACGAGCUCGAGGUGAGAAGCUCCUCGCGCCGGUCUGACGCGCCCGGGAACGCGUGGGAAGGUGCCAUGCGCGCGUCGCGUAGCGAUACAUACAUCGCGCUCCUUUCGGGAACGCACAGAACUGAGCCCGCAAAGAAGAAGAAAAGCCUGACUUAGGCCACAAGUUAAAUAAACUUUCAAAGCAAUUUACGUUUCACGAGAGCUUGUUUGAUUUUGGUCAUUGUGCGCUAUGAACUGCUGUGCUGCAGUGUGACCGUCAAGCUGCUUGUGGUGUUUUCACUGGACAUCAAGAGUCAGUUCCUCUUCAAAAGUGUUAUUUUGUCUUUAUUAAAUAAAGUGCAUGUC